AUGGGAAUUAAAGGACUCAUCCCAUUUUUGAGUGAAAAGGUGCCUUCAAGUAUUAGUGAAUUGUCUCUGGAAUGUUUAUCUGGAGAAUCGCUUGCAAUCGAUGCUAGUGCGGCACUAUAUCAAUUUACCAUUGCCAUCCGAGACUCUAGUUACUUCAGUUCUCUUGUGAAUUCUAAAGGAGAAUCUACAAGUCAUAUUUACGGCCUUAUGAACCGUUGUUCUAAACUUUUGGAAUACGGAAUAAAGCCAGUAUUUGUAUUUGAUUCAAAACCUCCAGAAUUAAAGUCAAAAACUCUAGACAAGAGAAGACAGAAAAGAGAAGAAGCUAAAACGGAUUUUAAGAAAGCUAUUUCAGAAGGAGAUAAGGAAUCAGCGAAGAAGUUAGUAGGCCGUACCGUUAAAGUAACAAAGGAUAUGAACGACUCAGCAAAGAAAUUGCUUCGUUUAAUGGGAAUUCCAGUCAUAGAAGCGCUGGAAGAAGCGGAAGCUCAAUGUGCAUACCUGGUCACCAAGAAUUUGUGUCAUUUUGUAGCUUCUGAGGACACCGAUACUUUGGUUUUCGGAGGGUGGUUUUUACUUCGAAAUGUUACUUCAAGUGCCAAUAAGAAAAUCGUUAAGGUAGAUUUACAAAAGGUUUUGGAUGGGUUGGAAUUUAACUUCGACCAGUUCGUCGAUUUUUGUAUUCUUUGUGGCUGCGACUACUGCGACACUCUGGAAGGUGUUGGACCUAAAACUGCAUAUUCUCUGGUGAAGAAAUACCAAAGCUUAGAAGAAAUAGUCAGGUUCAAAGGAGGCGAUUACGAUGAGUUUAAAGAAGCAAAGGAUUAUUUUUUAUCUCCUAAGGUUAACGAAUAUGACGAGAAUAGCGUGAAGAUGGGCACCAUAGAUCCCGAGGGUUUGACUGAGUUUCUGGUUCAAGAAAACAACUUUUCGAAGGAAAGGGUGGAAAAAUUUAUUGAAAAAUUGUUAAAGUUCAAGACUAAGAAGAUACAAACAUCGCUAUUAUCAUUUCUAACAAAUCCACAGCCUACUAAUAAGUCCAAAAGUUUGGAUGAAGGACCCAAACAGUCAAGUACCGAGGAUUAUAAAGUUAAUACUAAUCCCAGCACAAAGGGAUCAAAUGUUUAUACUACUGAUACUAAUAGUACUAAGGAUACUAAGGGUAUUGAGUGUACUGCCACUACUACUAAUAAUAAUUUGGAAAAUAAGGUCAAAAUAGAAAAUGAAGAAAAUGAUACGGGGCGUAGAGAUAGUAUUGAUGAUCUAUUUAAAGAGUUUGAAGAUGAAACAAAUUUAUUUGAACAAGAUGAAUUUGAGCCAAAAUCUAAGGAAUAUAAUUUAGAAAAACAGCACGAACUUGAAUUAAACGUUCAUAACAGGAAUGUAAUACUAAUCGACGACGACGAUGAUGAGGUUUUAACGACAGCUAAUAGCGAAAAAAUGAAUUGCGAAAUUGGUAAAGUAAAAGAAGAGCCGAAUAAAAAGGGUAAAUUUAGUUUAAUUAGCAUUUAUAUAUUUUAA